ACCACCAGUUCCUCAAGUUUCUGAUUCCGAGAAGUGUGAGCUCUAGUAGAGAGAGGAGAAGUGAGAAAGAAAGAAGGAAGUAGUAGCCUUGCUCUUGAGUGACAGGGAGGAAGUUGUGAGUGAGAAGAAGUGCUGAAAUUUCAGAGAGAUGUAGAGCUUGAUUAGUAGAGAUGCUGGCCAAUUAGAAACAAUAAAGAAUCCUCGGUCAACCACCCACUAACCAACCUUUAAUCCUCUCCACAAGUUUUGUUUGUUGCAAGUUGUUGUUAGGAUGAGCAAGUGGGUGAAGGCCGCCAGCGGUGCGAUCUCAAACCUAGGAUCAGGAAGGACAACGUGGAGUUCUUCAAGAGCCACGUCCGAGAUGAGCAUCGACGACCCGCCGCUAUCACAAGACCCUGCAUCUCCUUCGACGCCUCGACAACGAGUCCUCACCAAGCCAACCGAGCUAGGACUAAGAAAUUAGCGUGAAAAGAACAUCUAUAAGAAAUUGAAAGGUAAACCAUUCGGCCAUACUCAAGCAUUAGAUUUUCAACUUUUAGAAGAGGCCAGUAUGGAUAGAGAGCUCGAUAUGAUUUUCAACUUAGUGGGAUGGGGAAAUUUCUGGGAUAUUACUGAGAAUGGGUCAAAGCUACUUACGAUAGAAUUUCUUUGCACCCUGCAAAUGACUGAGCUAGGUGUUGCCUUUUUUAGGCUCUUCAAACAAUCUUUUACACUCACUUGGAGACAGCUUAGCAACCUCCUAGGUUUUCCACCCACUGCUGCCAUAGACUUAGAUGCUGCACUAGAAGACAUUAACCGACAUCAGUUUUGGCAAGAGUUUUCUAGAGACACAAAUUUCUAUCAACCAAGAGUUAGUCAGAUCGAGCACCCUACACUUAGAUUUUUACACAAAUGGAUAGGCAUUGUUUUCAUCUCUAGAGAUGACAUCCGCAGAGUUAGAGUCGGAGAUUUACUGUUGAUAUAUGCGGUUGUCAAGAAGAGACAAGUCUCUCCGGUGCGUCUCAUGGUUGAGCAUUGGUUGAGCAUACCGAGUUUGAUAGGAGAAAUUACUUGUACAUCUUUGACCACUCGUAUUGCUACUAGAUUAAAUUUGAUAGAAGGUGCAGACUUUGAGUACAUUCAGAACCAUAGAACUUAUAUUGGUUUUGAACACUUCUCUCAUGCGCAUUUGCUAAAAAGGGAACAUAUCGUGCUAUACAUGCUUUACACUAAUAGCAGGAUCCGGUUACCUAACCUGGGACUUGCCCUCUACUCUGUCAGUUCGCUUUUGAUUGAUUUUCAGGCUACACCAACGAGCCAAUUGCAACCACAGCGAUCUGCAUCUGUGAGGGUACCACAUCAGUCCGCACUAGGAUGGGCUAAAGCUGACCCUGAACUAGAAGAGCCGGCACAUGCUAGCUAUGACAGCUGGGGUGCACACAACUAUCGCAUGUUGAGGAACCCGUGGGAACAACAAACCACCAUGCCUGAAGGAGAGGAGCAGUGGCAGGAGCACCCAUACCACCAGCCUAUGUAUUCAUAUGACCCUUAUGGACCAUCAUCAUCUGCAGGACAUUCACAGGACUUAUAGUACGGACGAGCAUCCGAUGUGGGGUUCCACUACACUCAGCAGCACCACAAUGAGGAGUUGACAUUCCGUCGGCGCACCGACAACACCCUCCAUACCAUCCAAGAACAACAAGAAUUUCAGCAAGGGAUGUUGCAGAACCAUGGCGAGAUGUUGGCCCAGAUUCAGCAAGAACAACAACAUGAGAACGAUAACCUUGCGGCGUUGUUGGCCCAUUGGAACAUUUAGUGAACCACGUCAUCAGCCACCUUGGGGGAGGCUGCCCCUAGUUAUCUAGGUGGUCAUGGUCAUUAUGGAUAGGGAAGAGUGGAUGUAUAAGAUACCAAGGGUCAACAACAAUUUGACUUUUCUAGGACAUGUGAGAAAGUUUGCUGCCGCUGCAAAAAAGCACCAUGUGCAUUUGGAUCAAGAGCGCAUCAUUUGUCCAUGCAAUAGCUGCAAGAACAACCUUCUCAAGGAAGAUGACAUGGUGGAGUCUGACUUGAUCCAGCAUGGCUUCGUUAAGGAUUACACCGUCUAGAAGUAUCACGGUGAAGAAGCAGAUCCGAGUGCAACUAGUGCAUCUGGUGGAGGUAACUCAUCGACGAUGAAUGAUCAGGGACGACAACCAUGUACAGCGGUGCGCGGUGAUAGUGUGAACCGUGAUUCCAUAAUAGAAGCUCCCAGCAACAGCGCUAGAAAUGCUUGUUGGCAUCUCUUAUGUCACACUCGCUAGGUUGUCAUCCCGAACAUGACAUAAGAAAUGUGGUUAUACUUAUAAUCAUGGCACUUAUAAAAUAUGAAACGAAGUUUAUCCGCAAGCGCAUAGAUAAAA